AUGACUGACAACAAGUGGCCACCACCCUCUCCAUUGGCUAUCGAUGGUUUGAACAAGUUUCUUUCCAUAUUCGAUCAUAGCUUCAUUCAUUCUGCUAUUUGGACAUUUACGCAGCUGAAUAUUGCUGAUGAACUGGCAACGGUCGAAUCGAGUAGUGCCAAAGAAAUAUGUGAACGAACUGGUUGGAAAGAUGUCGAUCGACUUCAUCGUCUUUUGAAUGCGGCCAUCGUGGCUGGACUUGUGGAAGCAACAGAGACUAGUCGCUUCAAGCUUACAUCAACUGGACGCCUUUUGACGACCGAUCAUCCAUCUAAGGCUCGCUCUUUUGUUGUAGAAAGUAAGUCUAUAACAUGUACAUUUUGA